GGAAGCGGUUUAGAUACGCAUUGGUUCCUAAGUAGUAGUGGCUAUCUUAGCGUUAUGUUAAUCAUCAGAGAAAUUAACCUAAUUUAAAAAUAAGAUACUUACACGUUUUAUCACAUUUAAAAAUGCUGUUUUAGUCGUUUUUUUUGGUCGAAUGGAGCCGCUUUCCCGCUGUAUGAAUGUAAAGAGGAAACUCGUAUCAAGCCGUGUCACUGUGUUAUUGUUCCCCCAACGGAUAGAGACUCACAUGGGAUAGUUUAACACGUUCGUAUUAAUAAAUACAUUUUUUUUCGUCGUUUGUUAUCUAAUUUCGUGCUGCCAUGCAUGUCACUCAGAGCUUGGAGCUUUUUCCCGACCACAAAGUGACUCAGGUGCUUUUCCGAGACGUCAAAAAUGCCGCAGAGCUGAGGCAAAGCGCCGUGGAGGGGAAAAUAAACGGUGCCUUGAUUAACCCAACUAUGCUGGUACAUCCUUUCCAAGUGCUAGUAGCUGCAAACAAGGCGGUUCACUUAGACAAAAUUGGAAAAAUGAAGACAAGAAGCUUGUACUCAGAGGUCAUCUUCAACUUGUCGCCUACUAAUAAUAUCUCCGAGGCCUUCAAAAGGUUUGGGAUCUCCGACGGGGAUGACUGUGUCCUGGUGGUGCUGGUUCAGUCCACCGACGAGUCCCAGCUGCUGGAGGAGAUCACAGCCAAGGUGGACGGACGGCAAGUUCCAGUCGAAGAGAUAUCCUCGCUCUCAGACCCUGCCAAGAUAAAAAAGCUGUAUAAAGUGUCUCCGCUGGAGGAGAAGUGUGGGACCCUGCUGGACGCCGUUGUUUGCAGAAUGGCCACCAAAGACGUCAUGUAGCCACAGGACAGCAACAGCAUCAGAACACAACUUUGUAAAUACACACAUGACAUUUUGAGAUUUCAUGUUGUUGUUGUUUUUUGUUUUUUUUUGUUUUUUUUUUUAUCAACACGAGACCUCGACUGCAAGGGUUCAAAAUGGGGUUUUUGUUUGCAUGGACUAAAUUGGUUCUGUGGCACACUCAAGAGAAUGUCACUAAUGUCAGUAAAAUGUUUUAAAAUAGUAAUUUAACCAGGCGUGCUUAUUACACCAACUGCCGCAGCAAAAAACAAAACAAAACAAAAAAAAACUUUAUGUACAUUGAAAUCUGGCACCUAAUUUCGGAAAAAUAAAGUUAUAUUUUACUGUAGUG